AAAUGCUUAGAGAGUGCAGUCAACUUGUGGUCCUUCUAGGGCUAAUUUACCUAUCUAAGGGCGAUGAUGACACCCUGAAUCUUGUGAAUGUAACUAUAAAAAAUCUAUUCUAUAAUGGCGACUCAUUAUAUUAUAUUGACGAAAGGAGUAAGAACUGGUAUGAGGCACGAGGAUCCUGCGAAAGCCUGGGCUUCAACCUCAUUUCCUUUGAGACAGUAGAGGAAUUCGAAGCGAUCAAUCGGAUUAUUGAUGAUACUGAAGCAACCAAAGGCUACUGGACAUCAGGAACUGACUUUAUACAUCUUGGGAAUCAUGUAUGGUUUCCAAAUGGUAAGCCCAUUCCAUUGGAUCUUUGGGGAUUCCAAGAGCCAGACAAUAAGAACGAAGAGGAGCAUUGCGACUUAUUCAGAUUAACCAGUGGCUAUGAACUGAAUGACGAACCUUGUACGUCGAAGUAUUUUUAUAUCUGUGAGCUCAACUUGAAGCCUUAGUAAAUAUUUUG